CCGUAUCCUGACGUCAUGACUUAAACUGCUCAUUAUACGCUAUAUGGCAGGGCUUUCUCAUUUUCACACACUUCCUGUUGAGUUAAUAGGAGAACCACCAGCAUCGGUGCUGAAAGCCAAGAGAAAAAAGGCUGAACUUAGAUUAGCAGAAGAAAUGAAUGUGGAGCAUGAAGUACAGUUAUUGGUCGAAGAGAUACGGCGACUUGGCAGCCCAAAUGCAGAUGGAAAGAUCAGUGUGAAGUUUGGAGUUCUGUUUAGAGAUGACAGAUGUGCAAACCUCUUUGAAGCAAUGGUAGGGACAUUAAAGGCUGCCAAACGCAAGAAGAUUAUCUCUUUCCAGGGAGAGCUGCUUCUGCAAGGUGUCCAUGACGAUGUGGAUGUUGUACUGCUUCAAGAAUAAGGCAUUCCACACGUAAUGUGUUGCGUAUUGACUUUACAAAAGUCAGUGUUUACAUUGAGCAAAGAUCAUGCAAUAUCAUGCAGUUCACAAAAUAUUUUAUAUUUCUUUAAGAACCAAAAAAAAAAGAAUAUAUAUAUGUGGCAAGUUGCAUUUUUGUAAAGCAGUAUUUAAAUGUUUUCUCCUUAAUGUCACCUAUUUUAUACAGUGAAAAUUUGUAUAAGGUUGAGAGGAAAGGGCACAUAAAUUUAUACUGUACAAAUAUGUAUUUAAGUCAUAUAUGUUGUCUAAGAGUAGUGUUGUAAGAAACUGUAAUAAAUAGAUAAUCAUAUGUUACAAUGGCACUGUAUGAAAUUGCACAUCUAGUUUAUGGGUUAAACAAAGCACUGUAAGACAAUAAGGCCAAACAAAACCGGCUUAUAUGUGCAAGCUUGGAUAAUGUUGCAGGCAUUUUAGUAUUGUACUGCUUAUAGUAGGAAUGUAUUUUUUGUGGAUCUAACCUCUUUACAAUGACACUGAAAUAUUUUUUAAUCAUCAUGUAAGCCGGUUUAUUGAGCAAUAAUAAAUACUGUAUACAUUAAAGCUUGGAAAAGAACCAUUUUCGACAUAAUAAAUAAACAUUUGUGAAAUUAA